AAUUGAAAACACUGUACUUAAGUAAGCAAAAAAGAACUUUGGCAUAGAUAGGUGUGUUUUAUCUUUAAAUUUUGAUAUUUAUAUAAGUUUUUCGGGGGAUUUUGUAAAGAGUGCGAGUCGCAAUGCGUAAUCACACCGAAGAUCUUUGAUCUCACAAAGAAAGGAAAUGAAGAUUUUAUAGAUAUAAAUUCAGUAAAAGUUUCUGAUUACUGGGCUGCUAGAUGUGUGACUUGAAAAACGGCGUAAAGUGAUCAAAUGCAGGAUAUGGAAGAUACAUGUAUUCAGAAGGAAUUAUUAUCAGGAAGCUUGCAGAGAGUCAAAGCACGGUUUCCAACAAUGGAAUUUCCGAUAUGCACAAAGCAAAAGAAACUCGAGAGAUGUCGACAUAUGAUAAAUUUUCUUUUGAAGCAGAAAAAGAACUACAACAUGCGUCCUUCGAAUUACUCAACACUUCUGCACUUUGCAGCUAUGAAUCGAGUCAAUGAAAGUUUUAAUUUAAUUUUAGAAGACAGCAGCAUUAAUGUAAAUGCAUUCAUCCCGAGAACAAAAACUACAUUGCUUCAUGUUGUCAACAUGGAGGGCACCUAUGAAAUGGCAAAAACUCUUCUUGAACGAGGUGCUAAUGUCAAUGUCGUUGAUGCAUUUAAUUUUACUCCCCUGCAUUACGCUUGUAGCAACGUAAAAAUUAAUUUUUCGAUUGGUUCCAUGAGCACAGAGUCUUCUUUUGACUCUUCUGCGCUUAUUAAAGAUCCAAAAGUAGUGCAACUUCUCCUUGAAUACGGGUCUGCUCUCGAAAUUGAAACUAUUUCUCAACGAGAAACCCCACUCCUGUUAUCGUGUCAAAGUGGCUAUUUAGAAAUAUUUAAACUUCUAUUGCAGCAUGGUGCUGACUUUUAUGCUGUCGAUCGAUUUGGCCAAAAUGUGCUUCAUAAAGCUGUUCAGUCCGCUCACCCAGGUCUUAUUAAAAUCAUUUUAGACAAGGGCUUCGAUUCCAAUCAUAAAAACUCUUUAGGCAGAUCUCCGAUUCAUGAGUAUUAUUCAUCCAAAGGGACACCGGAAGUUUUAGAUCUUUUAAUUAAAUUCGGGGCUGAUAUUAAUAGCCGAGAUUAUUGUGAAAAUACGCCUCUGCACACUGCUUGCACCAGGGAUUUUGUUAAUAGCGUACUUUACAAAUAUUUUCUGAAAAGAAACCCAGACAUUAACGCUCUCAAUAAAAGUGGAGAGACACCUCUAAGCGUCGCUGUACAAAUGCGCGAUCUUUCUGAUGAUGAUUUAAGGGUUGAGGUUUUGGAAAAUCUCUGUGAGCAUAUAGCAAAAUUGAAAGCUGCUGAUAAAUAUAUCUGCAAGGAAAAUAUGUUUUUAGUGAAAAAUCAUCCUGAAAUAAAAGAGAUUUAUAAAAAGUUUGAGGUCGAAUUAAACAAAAUGAAAGAGGAGCAAGUCAGUUCUUUGAGUCACUUUUGUUACUUUUAUAUAUUGAAGGUCAGUCCUCGGAAGUUAGUAGCAUUUGUCAGAAAUAAGAAAAUUAUGAAGAAAUUGGCUUCACAAAAAUAUAAGGAGAUGUUUCCGUUAUAUUCAAAUUCAUUGACCGAGUCUAUCAAUGUGGCAAUUAGUAGAAGAAAUUUUACUGCAACCUGUGCUUCUCGCUUAUGCAAACAUAUAAAGCGAAAUCUGCCGCCCUUGAUUGUUGAUCAGGUAUUUUCUCACCUAAGUGAAAAGGAUUUAAAAAAUUUUGAAGAAGCUUUUAUAAAUGUGAGGCAGUAAGCGAUUCCAUACGAUGGCCAUUUUGUUUAUACACAUAAGAAUUGUUUUUCGAAUUAUAGUUUUUCAUUGUGUUCUUUCUGUGACAUAAUGCUGAUAAUAAAAACUUUAUUAU